AUGACCUUAGAAGAAAACGAAGGCAAUGAAAAUGUAUCACGAGCAGCUUCAAGCAAAGAAAUCGACUUGGAAGCCGGAAAAGAUAAUCAAGAUCAGACAGAAGUUGCAGUAGAAAAGCCAAAGAGGAAAUGGUUCCAGAAACGCAAGAAAGAAGAAGAAGAAGAAGUUGUCGAAAAGAGUGUGCCAUAUUUUCAAUUGGUAAUUAAAAUGACAGUAUUAAUGUUAGAUUUUAUUUACAUUAAACUCAAGUUAUUAUGGUACCGCGCUAGUUCAGACGUGCAAAAAGAAGAAGAAGAAGAAAAAGAAGAUUUACCUCCAGUAUCGUUCUUAAAGAUCAUGAGACUAAACAAAGAUGAAUUAGGUUAUAUCUUUAUUGGUACUCUCGGAGCCAUUGGACAAGGAUCUGUUAUGCCUGUAUUUGCUAUACUUUUUAGUGAAAUUAUCGCUGUAUUCGCCGAAUGCGAUCCUGUAAAACGAGAAAGCGAUGCAACAUUUUGGAGUUUAAUGUUUUUAGUAUUAGGGUCUGUCUCUGGAAUAUCAGUAUUUUUACAAACGCUUAUGUACGGAAUUUCAGGCGAAUAUAUGACAAAAAGAUUAAGAUCACAAACAUUUAGGGCAAUCCUAAAACAAGAAAUCGGAUGGUUUGAUGAACAGUCACACACUACCGGGGCUUUAUGUAAUCGUUUAGCUACUGAUGCUUCGGAAGUUAAAGGAGCUACAGGAACUCGUUUAGGCGCUGUAAUACAAUCUAUCGUAUCUAUGGUAGCUGCCUUAGUAAUAGCGUUUGUGUACGGCUGGAAACUCGCUCUAGUAAUUCUUGGUUGCGUACCUUUCAUCGUUGUUUCCGGUGCUAUUCAAAUGCGAGUCUUCAUUGGAGGUGCAAAAAAGAACAAAGAUGCUGCCGAUAAAGCUGCUGAGGUAUCUACUGAAGCAUUGGAAAAUAUUCGUACUGUUGAAUCACUAAAUUUGGAAAACAAAAUUAUUGCUGCGUAUACUAAGAAUUUGAAAGUGAUGUUACGUAAAUCGUUAAUUCAAGCACAUGUUUACGGUCUUGCAUAUGGAUUCUCUCAAGCCGUUAUUUUCUUCACUUAUGCUGCCGCUUUCCGUUUUGGAGCUUUCCUAGUUGCUAAUAAUCAAAUGAAUUUCGCAGAUAUGUUCAAGGUAUUUUCUGCUAUUGUCUUUGGUGCGCUUUCGCUUGGUCAGACAAGUUCCUUUGUACCAGACUAUUCUAAAGCGAAACAGUCAGCAGCUAGGCUCUUUGCUAUUCUCGAACGUGAAUCAAAGAUCAAUGUCGAAAAUGAAGGUGGAGAACGAACGAAUGAGAACGAUACUACCAUUAAAUUUGAGAAUGUUAACUUUAAUUAUCCUACACGUCCAACGAUACCUGUACUAGAUGGAAUUACGUUUAAAGUAAAACCUGGCCAGACUAUUGCUCUUGUCGGUACUAGCGGUUGUGGUAAAAGUACAUCGGUUGCUUUAUUGGAACGAUUCUACGAUACAGCUUCUGGCAGUGUUACCGUCGGUGGAAAAGAAAUUAGGAAUAUCAAUAUAAAAUGGCUUAGAUCAUUAAUGGGUAUUGUACAGCAGGAACCUAUCUUAUUUAACACAACGAUUGCAGAGAAUAUUUCUUACGGAGAUAAUUCCAGAACCCUAACUCGAGACGACAUUAUAACUGCUGCAAAAUCUGCUAAUAUCCAUGAUUUUAUUCAGGGUCUGCCUGAGAGUUACGAAACUUUAGUAGGUGAAAAAGGUACACAGAUGUCAGGUGGUCAAAAACAGCGUAUUGCUAUAGCUCGUGCUCUUGUUAGGAAGCCGCGUAUUCUUCUGUUAGACGAAGCCACAUCUGCAUUAGAUACUGAAAGUGAAAAGAUAGUACAAGCAGCUUUAGAUAAAGCUCGAGAAGGGCGUACUUGUAUCGUCAUAGCUCAUCGGUUAUCUACCAUUCGAAACGCUGAUGGUAUAGCCGUAUUUCAAAAAGGGAAGAUUAUAGAAUUCGGUACACAUGAUGAAUUAAUCGCAAAAGAAGGCGUUUACUUUAAAUUACAGAACACUCAAGUUUAA